AUGCGAUUGUCUCACCCAGCCACCUGGCUCAUCGCUGGCUUUGCAUGCCGCGCUGUCUGUGAAACUUUCGAAGGGGACGCCGAGAGCAAUGUGGUCGGUGAGAAUGUCGCUGGCGAUGCCGCCGCUGAGGAACCGGCCCUAGCCUCGAUGCCCAUUGCUUCAUUUGUCGAGGUUCACGAGGUCACGGUGACGCUUGAAGACCUUCCUGACAAGCCUAGCCCUCGCCAUGUGCAGGAGAAGAAGAACCUGAUGAAAAGGUUGAGUAAAUCUCAUGGGAAGUGGGACACCAACCACCCUCGCCAUCGUUUGAUGGAGGCCCUCUUUGGAUUCAGCCGGUACAAAGUGAGGCAAAUGGACGAGCUGAAUCGGUAUAAAGACCUGUAUACAUACGUUUCCAAGGCACAAAAGAAGGUGUUAGAACACACGAUAGGCUACUCCAAGAAGUUUGAGACGGCUGAGAGGCUCCACGAGUUGAAUCAGGAUUUAUGCAACGAGAUCGUUGAGGCAGCUUUGGAGUACUACGGAAUCACACGCGAUGAGCUGGCUGGCCACAGUAAGGCCAAAGAUCAGGCCAAGCAGCUGGCAGACAGAGUCAGUGUUUCUCAAGCGUUGAAACAUUACGUUAGAGACUGGUCCACCUCGGGCCGAGGCGAGCGAGAUGAUGCCUUCCCGUGUAUCCUCAGCACGAUUGAAUCGUUGUUCCCCGAGAGAUCUGCGAACGACAUCAAGGUCCUCCUCCCCGGAUCCGGGGUAGGUCGCCUGGGCCACGAGCUUGCCUCUCUAGGUGGUUUUGAGGUCACCAUCAACGAGUGGUCUAUGUUCAUGAACCUGGCGUACCGUUUCCUGGAGGCCCAUCCGAGACCUGGUUCGAAGUCGGUCCACCCUUUCAUCGACAGCUGGUCUCAUCACGCCACGACGUCUGACAUGUUUCGCGGUGUCUCCUUCCCCGACCGUCGAUUCAACGCCAGUUCCGUGUUACUGGUUGAAGGCGACUUCGUGUCCGAGUUCAAGAGUCAGAAGGGGGAGUACGAUUCGGUUGUCACCCACUUCUUCAUCGACACAGCAAGGAACGUCAUGAGCUACUUCGACACCAUUCACUCGGCGCUGAAGGUCGGGGGCUAUUGGAUCAACUUUGGACCAUUGCUCUGGGGUACAGGCCCGUUUGUUCAGCUGUCCUUGGAUGAGAUUGCGGCUAUUGUCAAGAGUAUGGGCUUCGAGUUCGUGGACGUCGACGAGUCUUGUGGUGAGAUCACCCUCGAAGAAGAGAAGAUUAGGGGGAAACAGGCAGUCUAUGGAUUCAACGACAAAGCUUUGACCAGGAAUGCGUAUUCUGCACAGUUUUGGGUUGCCAGAAAGAUUAGGUGA